AUGCGUGGUCACGGGGCAGAGCGAACUGGGGCAGCGCCCGCAGCGCCAGCAGCUGUGCAGCCAAUCCAGGAUGUGGACGACGAAGACGAAGAUGAUCGCUUUGCCUCGCCCCCGGGGUUGUGGCUGCCGAGGCUUGUCGUGAAGAGGCACCGCCAGAAAGCGACCGUCAUCUGGAUCCUUCUUCUCCUGGGAUUUCUGGGUUACGUGGCGUACAUCAUAUGGCAGACAAUCGAGUCCAGAAAGGACCCGGCUUCAAGCAUCGAGCUAAAGCAAGAGCACUACGAGUUUGCUGACAUCAUGUUUUGCACGGAGUUCACCAACGGCUGCCUGGAGGAAACCAACUCUUGCUUCGAUUUCUCAGCGGGCGCUAUGGUUUCCGCCGAGGGGUUCACCGACGACCUCGACACCUUCCUCGACGACAACGCGGACGCCACGUCGGCCAUAGAGGAAGAGUUCCCCCACUGCCGCGUGAUCCCUCUGUCCCGGCUGACGAUGGACGAAGACGGGAUCAACAGCGGAGACGUGGAUUCAUUCGACGCUUCAUUCUAUUUCCUGUGGUACGAGAGCGCUGACACGUUCGACCCAGAGAUCUACCCCAUCAACGCCCAGUUCUUGAGCGCGUACCUGAUCGACGUCGAAGCCGGCGUCGAGCCCCUGGAGGGGAAGAGCGUGGACGUCAAGCUGCCUUACGCGCGAAUCGAGCCGACCACCGCCACAGAGCUCACGACAACUGUGAACCACAUGGUGAUGGGCCUGACGGAGUUUGCGGGGAUUGACGACAACGGCAACCGGGAGGAGCGGCAGCGGACCUACUCUCAGAGCACGACGACGGGAACGCAGAACUGGUACUGGACCGAAGAGACGAUCGAGUUGGAGUUCGCGCUCAUUAUGGUCGACGUGUCCAUCCCGAAGUUCGAGUACACGUCCAUCGUGGAGGUCGAUCCUGUUGACGGGUGGUCGAUCAUCGGGGCCAUCGGGGGCAUUUGGCAGUUCGUGGUGACCGGGUUCGGGCUGUUCUUCGUGUACUCCGUGAAGCAGUCGCCCGACCGCAAGAUGCGCAACUUCAGGAAGUCGGUGACCAAGCCGGCCUCCAUAGUCAACAAGCGCCUGUCCACCCUCGGCUCCCGCUCGUCGAUAUCGAACCAGGAUAUCGAGCUCGACGCCUCGGAGGAAGACUUACCCGCGGACUGGGUCAAGAAACAGAGGGCCAACGGGAGCAUCUACUACUUCCACCCCCUGACCGGCAAGAAACAGAGCACGCCUCCUGACGCCCUAGGCAGCGCUAGAGGGGGCCCGCAGGCCUCCGGUACGGCGUUGAAUCGAAUCUUCCGGCCCGCGCACGCUUCGUCGGGUGCUGGUGUUUCGCGGGAACAUGGGCAGCUGUCGGGCGACCCUCUUCCUCCAGGCUGGAUCUCGCGAACAGACGACAGCGGCAAGACCUACUUCCAGGACACGGUGAGCAAGACAACCCAGUGGGAGAGGCCCACCCAGCACCCUCGCUCCAGCAGCGUCUCCAGCGGCCGGCCGGAGGUCAUCGACAUGCCGAUGGCGCACACGCGCCGUGGCUCGAACGCCUCCUCCGCCGACAACUCCCGCCGUUCCUCUUCGUCCCACGCGCACGACCACCCGCACGGUCGCGAAAGUGCGGCGGGGGACCCUUCGCCUCCCCCCGCUUGGGGGAGCUUCCCCGCCGCCCCUUCCUACAAAACGGCCGUGUAUCUGUCCAACCGUUCAGCACAGACGGCUGCCGGGGCGGCGGCGGGGGGGGGGGCGGUUGGGGGGGCACAGGUCGACGGCGGCGGCGGCCCCCUUCCCCCGAACUGGGAGAGGCGUACCGCGUCAAACAACCGGCCAUACUACGUCAACACCGUCACCCGCGAGUCCAAGUGGGAGGCCCCCCGUAGCUAAGGCUUUCAGCAGGAAGACGGAAGGGAGAGAGAGCCGGCCUUUCUUUGGUCCCCAUCGCCUUCUUCCAAUUUCCAGUCUUGCGCCGAGGUGUUUUACGUUACGCACGACGAGUUUUGCAGUGACGGCGUCUGGUAUACUGCGCACACCCUGGCGCGUCGUCUGGGCACGAGGCGGACUAACCUUGGCCCUCCAUAGUUUACCGCUAUGUGCGACCUAGAAAGUUCCAGGAACAGAGAAAUUUUUCUCGGAUGCCCUCGCACAAAGUAGGCUGGUGUCCUGUUUGUUCCCACUUUUAACAUGCGUUGAAAGCUUUUUACUUUCCUCUAGCUCGAUAUUAUAGAGUAGCCUAUUCAUGGCUCUGGUCUUUGCUCCCUACUGAACAGUCAAGACAAGCAUGCGAGACAGUGUUGAUCAGCAGGGUAGUCAAAGCUUGCCUGUGUUUGCAGUCGAUUUGCCCUCAGACACGCCUGAGCAAGAUUCGCAGAAAAAUCCGUAUCUUGUACGCGCUCGAGGAGAUAGUGUUGUACAUUUCAACGCCUUCUAUAUGUUCUUGUUGUGGCUGGGAUCGAGAGGGCGAGGUCCCGGGAAAACCCCUCCAAUUUUGUUCAUGAUUUGGGGUAGUGUUGUUACAUGAUUUAGAUAUGUACUGCUUUUUGUUCUACCGGUUGCGCAUCCAUAUAGCAAAAAGUAGCCCAGCAGCGUAUCGUGCCCAGUGGCCCUUCCACGCACCCAGCUCGGCUGGAUGCUCAGGAUGCAGGGGGGGUUAGCUGGGGGAUGCCAAGACGGAUGACGAUACUGUGGUUCAUUUAUUCUUAUCAGUUACAAGAGUGUACCUGCGUUGUUGUUGUUGUUGUUGUUGUUGUUGUUGUUGUUGUUGUUGUUGUUGUUGCUGCUGCUGCUGCUGCUGCUGUUGCUCUGUAACGUUUUGGAGCGACAGCAGAUUGCGUCAAGCCAGCAAAGCAGGAGUGAUUAUCGUGCCGUGUCGGUGCUGCAGUACCGCACCCACCCUUGGCUACACCUGACGAACAGCUUCAGGUAGAUGUUUCGAAAGCUC